AUGCCAGAAGGAGAUGAUUUUUUACAUAUUUGUUAUACAUCAUAUCAUUGUUAUGAGUGUAGAGAUAAAUUUAAAUGUAAACAAAGAAAAAAGGAAUUUGCAAAGGAUGAGAGAGAAAGAUUGAAUAAAGAAGAUAAAAUUCCUAUUUGUAGAUUGUGUAAUAUGAAACAUUUUAGAUGUAAAGGAAAGAAGUGUGAUAUGUGUUGUAAGAGAAACGCAUGUGAUUCAUAUCCUUGUAAAUAUUGUGUAGAAAAUGAAUUAGAAUGUAAGUAUACUAUUAUACAAGAUUUGAAAGAAUUUAAUAUGUUUAAUAAAUUUGAUUUGAGUGCGUACGUUGCUCAACUUGAAAAAACUAAAGAGGGAAAAGUUCAUGUUCAGGCUUAUUAUAAAAAAAUGAGAGGUAAUUCAGAUGAGAAUAUAGAAUAUGUAUCAAAAAAAUAUAAUCGAUGUGAAAUACAUAAGAAAAAAAAAUGUAGAUGUGAUUAUUCUGAUGUUAAUGAUAGAUGUGAAGUAUGUAACGAUAAUUGUCCUGAGAGAACAAAAGUUAGGAUUGAUGGAUUUGAACCUUGUAAAUUUGGAGAUUUUCGUUAUUUUAAUGUGGAUGGAGAAAAUGAAAAUGAUGAUAAUGACAAUAAUAAUAUCGAUUAUAGUUCUGAAUUAGCAAAAAAAAAAUAUGAAGAAUUUGUUGCGAUAAUUGAAGGAAACGAAAUGUUAAAUAAUGGAGCUACAGCAUUGGAAGUUUUUAGACAUAAUAAAGAUAGGGUUUCUUAUUCAGGUAAUUAUUCGAAUAUGGGUGUUAUUAGUAAAGAUAUUAAAGAAGAUAUAAAAAAAAAAAGAGGACAUAGAUUUUGGCAUCCUAUAGUAAUUCUUUUGUAUGGGGAUGGUGGAAGUGGUAAGACAGGUUUAGUAUUUGAAUUAUUUCGUGAUUUUGGUCCAAAACCACCAGAAGAAUGUUAUAAUUUUGGUCAAGAUGGUAGAGAGGAAGAUUCGAAUAAACGUAAUUUUAGACAAUUCGCAAGAAGAUUAAAUUUUGUUGCAGAAAUUUCUGGUGUUUGGGAUGAUGAUAUAGAAAAAAGAACUACUAAUAUUUCUUUUAGGAAAUCACCAUUGGAUGAUGAUAUCAAACUUAGAAGAGGUAUAUACACGAUUGAUGAGAUUGUUGAAAAAGCAGAAAUGUUUACUGAAAAUAUUGAAGGUGAAUAUUUUGAUGUUGAUGGAAUAGUUUAUUGGAGGCGAAAAUUUCCAGAUUAUUUGAAAAGAUAUUUAGCAGAUUAUCCAAAAUGUAAAGAUAUGAAAACUGCUUCAGGAAAAACAUUAAAAUGUCGUGAUUUAUUUAAAUCAAAAUAUAUUGCGGUUAAUACAGAGAAAACAUUUUUAAGACCUAAAUACCUUAAGAUACGUAAUAUAAAAGUGAUUAAUGCUAUGAUACAUCCUUAUUUUAUGAAAAUAGGAGAAUCAUAUUUUAAUAAAUUUAAUGGUGAAUAUAUUAAAUUUGUGUAUCUUGAAACAGUUCAUUCUAUGGAGUUUUUUAAUAAAGAAUUAUUUGAUAAAAAUAUCGAUUAUAUUAUUAAAUUUAAUGGAAAAUAUGAUAUUAAACAAGGAAAAGUUUUGUAUCAAGAAAAUGAAAAAAACUAUGAAUUUGAAAGAGGUAAUGAGGAAAGUUUAAAAGAGUUAAUUAGAAAAGAAUUUAAUAAAGAAAACAUGAAUCAAGAAACAAAUAAUUUAAAAGAUAUUGUUUCAUCGGAAAAAGUUUAUACUUUUAAUAGUUCUGAAGAUAUUGAAAAUAAUAGAAAAAGAAGAGUUAUUAUUGAAAAAGAACAUAAUAAGAAUUGGAAACCUUUGGUGUUUUAUGUUUUUGGUCGUCCUGGAACUGGAAAGACAAAUUUUUGGAGUUUUUAUGAUAAACAAGAGGUUGUUUUGGUAGAUGAGUUUCAAGCAAAAGUUGAUUAUGAAGAAUUGAUUCAUGUAUUGGAUAAAAUUGAUUCAGAAGUUGAAGAAAGUCAAGGUAAAUUUGUACCUUUUCUUGCAAAAUAUGUAUUUUUGAUAAGUAGUAAAUCGUUAUAUAAAUUAUAUGAAUCUGAUGAUCUGUUUGAAGAUUUAUAUGAUGAUUAUUAUCGAUUAAUCGAUUAUGUUAUUGAAUUUGAUAUUGGAGGAAAAAUUAAAAUUCAUAAGGGUGAUAAAGAAAAAUUUUUUAAUAUGGAAUGGGAUGUUGAAUUUGAUAAUGGUACAUAUACUAAUGAGGAGACUAUUGAAAAGGGAGAGAAUUUUACAAAGAGUAUGGAUGGUGAAUAUUUUGUUAGGGAUAAAAAAGUUUAUUGGAGACAACAAGAGUUUGAUAGGUUUUGGGAUUCAAUUAUUUUUUAUUUUUACGGAAAUACAGGAACUGGAAAGACUACGUUGAUACAAAUUUUAUUUGGUGAUGAUCUGUAUGAUAAAGAAGAGGGUGAUUAUUGGGAUGAUUAUGAAGGUGAAGAGAUUGUUUUCUUGGAUAAAUACCAUAAGAAGAUCAAAUGGAAAGAUUUAAUGAAUUUGAUGAAUGAUAAUAAAUAUAUGGUAGAAACAGAAGAAGGAGAAUUUGUACCUUUUCCUGCAAAAUAUAUAUUCAUAACCAAUAGAAAAUCUCCAGAAGAAGCAUACGAAUUAGGUGAAGGUGAUAGUGAAGGAUUUGAUAAAUUUGAAGAUCGUCUUGAUUAUAUUGUUGAAUUUACUGGUAAAUGGCGUGAUAAUAUUGAAAAAAGAAAUAUAGAUAUUAGAUUUCAUAAAGGUAGUGAAGGAAAAUUUCAAAAAUAUAUUAAAAAUAUCAAAGGAAGACAUACUGUAAAAAAUGGAAAUGUUUAUUGGAGACCAGAAUUUUCAGAACAUGUAAAAAAAUAUUUGGAUGAUUAUCCAAGGUGUAAAGAAUUAUAUGAAUAUAUUGAAGAUAAAUAUUCUAGAAGAAAAAAUGGAAGAAAAACUAUUAUAGAAAGAUCAUCAUUUAAUAAUGAUUUUUCGAAACCUAUGAGAAAAAUAAAUAAGAGAGAUAUUAAAAGAGUAAAUAAAAAAGAUGUUAAAGGAAGAAUGUUAGAACGUGAAGUUACAAAAUAUUCAGAAAUACAAAGUGCUAUAUUUUAUUAUGAUUCUGAGAAUAAAUGUAUGGUUCUCGGUGAUACAUUUGAAUAUAAAAUUGGAUUAUAUUUAAAAAGAAAUAGAUUGAAUCCACAAAUAAUUAAAAAUUAUGUAAUUACUGAUGGACGAUUAUUAAUGAAAAGUAAUAAUAAGUCUUUACGAUCUGGAAAAGUAGUUUUAUUGGAUAAUGGUAUUGUAGAAGGGUUAGAAAUCAUUAAUACAGGAAAAUAUACUAUAUUUGGUGAUCGUGGUAUAGAUAUUUGGUGUAGAUGGCAAGGAAUACCUUUAUUAGUACAAUGUAAAUUUCGUUCGGUUUGUGAUGAAUGUAAAAUUAAAGAAAAAAAAUGUAGUCAUGGAUAUUGGAAAAAAGAUUUAAUUAAGGAUGUUAAGAAAUUUGAUGAAAAAUUAUCAGAAUGGAAAAUGGAUGUAUUUGGUAUAUUUGUGAUUAGUGAAGGAAUAUUGAUAGAUGAGGAAAUUAAUAAUAUGAAGUUUAAUAAUGUUUUAAAAGUUGUUAAUUUUUGUGAUGAAUCAAAAAAGAAACAAAAGCUUGAUAAUUUUUUUAUUGGAUUAAAAAAUGAGAUAGAUAGCUUAGGUAAACAAUUAUUGAAUAAAAGACAAAACAUGGAUUGGAGCAUAAGUCUUGAAGAUAAAAAACGUGUUGAAUUAGAAGUUUCAUAUAGGAGUGUAGAAGCCAUGAUUAAUGAUAAAAUAAUAUUGAGUACAGAUUUUUAUUUCAAGAAUCUAGAAAAAGUACUUUAUUAUAUUAGACAAGCAUAUAAUAUCACGAGUUUAAAUGAUAUUUGUGAUCAAUUAGAUUAUUUAAAAAUUGUUUUAUAA